GCCGCCGCCGCCGCCGCCGCCGCCGCCGCCGCCGCCGCAGCCGCCGCACUUCCUGGGGCCACUGCGCCGCCAUCCGCGGGCAGGUGGUUGGUGCGCCGGGCAGCGGUCGCCGGGCUCCAGCCCCUCUCAGGCCGCGCGCGUCCCGGCCUCAGAGGCAGCCCGGCCAGGCGUCCGAUGCCUUUUGUCUGGCGCAGAGCGGGCGUUUGCAUCACGUUUCGGACACCUCCCCCUCCUUUUCGCCUCUCCUUCUCCCUGCCGCUCACAUCUCACUCCCGCCGCGGUCCCCCCAAGGACUGCCGGCCUCCUGGAUCAAAGCCCGCGGACGUCUCUACUCGAGCGAUGUCUCCUCUCCAGAAAGUUGCCGCCACCGCCGCAGCCACCGGGCGGUGAAACAAAGUCUGGCGCGGUCGCCUCCCGGUGCAUGAGCGCACCCGUGCCCAGCGGCUGGACUCCGCUGCCGGGCGUGCCGCCUCCUCCCGGGGAGCCCGAAACGCGCUCGGCUAUGGCCGAGGGCGCAGCCAGCAGGGAGGGUCCAGCGCCGACAGACGCGGCCGGGAGCGAAGACGACCCCCGAGUGGGCCCGGACGCCGCCUCCGGAGACGGCGUGGCGGCGGCCCCUGGGGGCCAGUGGAGGGACCGUCGCAGCGGGGUCGCGCUGCCCAGCGCUGCCGGGGCCCCGGCGGACAGCGAGGCCGGCCUCCUGGAGGCUGCGCGGGCGACCCCCCGGCGCAGCAGCAUCAUCAAGGAUCCUGCAAACCAAAAAUGUGGUGGAAGAAAGAAAACCGUGUCUUUCAGCAGCAUGCCAUCAGAAAAGAAAAUCAGUAGUGCGAGCGACUGCAUCAGCUUCAUGCAAGCUGGCUGUGAACUGAAGAAAGUACGGCCAAAUUCUCGCAUUUACAACCGUUUUUUCACACUGGACACAGACCUCCAAGCUCUUCGCUGGGAACCUUCCAAGAAAGACCUUGAGAAAGCUAAGCUUGAUAUUUCUGCCAUAAAAGAGAUCCGACUGGGGAAGAACACAGAAACAUUUAGAAACAAUGGCCUCGCUGACCAGAUUUGUGAGGACUGUGCCUUUUCCAUACUCCACGGGGAAAACUACGAGUCUCUGGACCUAGUUGCCAAUUCAGCAGAUGUAGCAAACAUCUGGGUGUCAGGGUUACGGUAUCUGGUUUCUCGAAGCAAGCAACCCCUUGAUUUUAUGGAGGGCAACCAGAACACACCAAGGUUUAUGUGGCUGAAAAAGGUGUUUGAAGUAGCAGAUAUUGAUGGGAAUGGGAUUAUGCUGGAAGACACCUCUGUAGAGUUAAUAAAACAACUCAACCCUACCCUGAAGGAAUCCAAGAUCAGGUUGAAGUUUAAAGAAAUCCAGAAGAGCAAAGAAAAGCUAACCACCCGAGUGACCGAAGAGGAGUUCUGUGAAGCUUUUUGUGAACUUUGCACCAGGCCAGAAGUGUAUUUCUUACUUGUACAGAUAUCUAAAAACAAAGAGUAUUUGGAUGCCAAUGAUCUCAUGCUUUUUUUAGAAGCUGAGCAAGGAGUCACCCAUAUUACCGAGGACAUGUGCUUGGACAUCAUUCGGAGAUAUGAGCUUUCUGAAGAGGGACGUCAGAAAGGGUUUCUUGCAAUUGAUGGCUUUACCCAGUAUUUGCUGUCACCAGAAUGUGACAUUUUUGAUCCUGAACAAAAAAAGGUUGCCCAAGAUAUGACCCAGCCAUUAUCUCACUAUUACAUCAACGCCUCUCACAACACCUAUCUCAUAGAAGACCAGUUCAGGGGGCCGGCUGACAUUAACGGGUAUGUUAGAGCUUUGAAAAUGGGCUGUCGAAGCAUUGAACUUGAUGUAAAUGAUGGUUCAGACAAUGAACCAAUCCUUUGUAAUCGAAAUAACAUGACAACACACCUUUCCUUUCGAAGCGUCAUAGAGGUGAUAAAUAAAUUUGCCUUUGUGGCUUCUGAGUACCCACUCAUUCUUUGCUUGGGGAAUCACUGCUCCCUACCCCAGCAGAAGGUAAUGGUUCAACAGAUGAAAAAGGUCUUUGGCAGUAAACUCUAUACUGAAGCACCUUUGCCGUCAGAAUCCUACCUCCCAUCACCAGAAAAAUUAAAAAGAAUGAUCAUUGUGAAAGGAAAGAAAUUGCCUUCUGAUCCAGAUGUUUUAGAAGGAGAAGUUACAGACGAAGAUGAAGAAGCUGAAAUGUCUCGAAGGAUGUCAGUAGAUUACAAUGGUGAGCAGAAACAAAUCUUGCUGUGUAGGGAGCUCUCUGACUUGGUGUCUAUCUGUAAAUCUGUUCAGUACAGGGAUUUUGAACUAUCUAUGAAAAGCCAAAACUAUUGGGAGAUUUGUUCAUUUAGUGAAACAGAGGCCAGCCGAAUUGCAAAUGAAUACCCAGAGGAUUUUGUAAAUUAUAAUAAGAAGUUCUUAUCACGAAUCUAUCCAAGUGCCAUGAGAAUCGAUUCCAGUAACUUGAAUCCACAGGACUUUUGGAAUUGUGGCUGUCAGAUUGUGGCAAUGAAUUUCCAGACUCCGGGUCCAAUGAUGGACCUUCACACAGGCUGGUUUCUUCAAAAUGGAGGAUGUGGUUAUGUUCUAAGGCCGUCUAUCAUGCGAGAUGAAGUUUCUUACUUCAGUGCAAAUACAAAGGGCAUUGUACCUGGGGUGUCUCCUCUAGUGCUUCAUAUUAAGAUCAUCAGUGGUCAGAACUUCCCAAAGCCCAAGGGAGCUUGUGCCAAAGGGGAUGUCAUAGAUCCCUACGUGUGUAUAGAGAUACAUGGGAUUCCAGCCGACUGUUCAGAACAAAGAACUAAAACUGUACAGCAAAACAGUGAUAAUCCUAUUUUUGAUGAGACAUUUGAGUUUCAAGUGAACCUGCCUGAGCUGGCCAUGAUCCGUUUUGUGGUUCUCGAUGACGACUAUAUUGGGGAUGAAUUUAUAGGGCAAUAUACAAUACCGUUUGAAUGUUUGCAGCCUGGAUAUCGGCAUGUUCCCCUCCGCUCCUUUGUGGGUGACAUCAUGGAGCACGUGACUCUUUUUGUCCACAUAGCAAUAACUAAUAGAAGUGGAGGAGGAAAGCCACAGAAGCGCAGCCUUUCAGUGAGAAUGGGGAAGAAAGUUCGGGAGUAUACCAUGCUCAGGAAUAUCGGUCUUAAAACAAUAGAUGACAUCUUUAAGGUAGCAGUUCAUCCCUUACGAGAAGCCAUAGAUAUGAGAGAAAAUAUGCAGAACGCCAUAGUGUCUGUUAAAGAACUGUGCGGACUCCCUCCAAUUGCCAGUCUGAAGCAGUGCCUGUUGACCCUGUCCUCUCGGCUCAUCACCAGUGACAAUACUCCUUCCGUCUCUCUUGUGAUGAAAGACAACUUUCCUCAUCUGGAGCCUCUGGGGGCAAUUCCAGAUGUGCAGAAAAAGAUGCUGGCUGCCUAUGAUCUGAUGAUCCAAGAGAGCCGGUUUCUCAUAGAAAUGGCAGACACAGUCCAGGAAAAGAUUGUGCAGUGUCAGAAAGCAGGGAUGGAGUUCCAUGAGGACCUUCAUAAUCUGGGGGCAAAAGAAGGCUUGAAAGGAAGAAAACUCAACAAAGCAACUGAGAGCUUUGCUUGGAACAUUACAGUACUGAAGGGCCAAGGAGAUCUGUUGAAGAAUGCCAAGAAUGAAGCUAUAGAGAACAUGAAGCAGAUCCAGCUGGCGUGCUUGUCUUGUGGCCUUAGUAAAGCCCCCAGCAGUGGUGCCGAGGCCAAGAGCAAGCGCAGCCUGGAGGCCAUAGAGGAGAAGGAGAGCAGCGAGGACAAUGGGAAGCUGUGACCCUGAGUGGCAGCCACGCCUUCACCCAGGCUUCCUGCCAAGGACUCUGGUUUUUCCUUCUGGUUUUCUUUCUUUAAGCUUUUUAGAAGUUCACAGAAAGAUGCCCUCUCUGGGGUAUUGGACAUAAACAGAUAUUUUCACAAUUUCAGUAUUUUAACAUAGUUAAUUUAUCUAAGUUAAAACCUUUAGUAGCAGUGUUUUAAAAUUCUGAGAUGUGUGUACACACUCACGUAUGGAUGUGGGCGGAAGUGUGUGUAUGUGUGUGUGUGUGUGAGAGAGCGAGAGACAGAGAUAGAGAGAGAGAGACAGAGAGGGAGAGAGAGAGAGAGCAAAAGAGAAAGGCUGAGGGAGGUGGGGACGGGAGAGAGAGAUUGAGAUGCUGUUAAAAUCUAUUCUGUGUUGCAUUAUUCAUUUAGUAACUUAUUACUUUAUCAUUUUGGGACAAAUUUGUUAAUCUGAAAUUCUAAAGAGCACUUCACUAUAACCUGUUGCUGUGUUUAAUUUUACUUCUCUACCUUUAUCAUUUAAUUUGGAGAUCGUAACACAGCUUAUAAUUGAAGGAAGCCAAAUUUAUCAUGCAUAGAUGUUUUAAUAGAUUAAAUAUAGAUUAGACAAAUUCCUAAGAAUCACAGUAGAAAUAAAAGUGAAUGAAGGAUAAACAAAUGAUCAGAAUUUCUGGGAAGAUCGGCAAAGUCUUCAGUUAGUGAACUCUUUAAAAAUAUUUAUUAAAUAAAAUCAAUUUUUAGAAAGUUUUCUGUAGUUGUUUACUUUUCAAUGGAAAAGCUGAUCUGAAGUGAACUUAUACCCACUUAUGUGGUACUCUGAAACACCAUGAAAAUUCUGUUGAAAUUAGGAUUUUGAUGUGACAACGAUAUUCAGUUAUGAAAUUUCAAGGUUGUGAUUUAUAGGAAGGUCUCAUUCUUCCUAACUGCGAAUCUUAGCAUUCAUUUUCUAUAACACACAUGGGCAGCUAGGAGGUCUUGACUUUCAUUGCAUUUAAUUGAGCACUAAAUUUAAAUUUAAAGACAUUGUUCAAACAAUAUCAUAUCAUCACCUUGAGCUGAUAUAAAUUCUGUGGGUCAGAUAACAUUGUGAUGAUUUAAGGACUAACCAAUUACAAAGUAUCUAUGAUAUAAUUUUAACACAUGCAGAAAAACAUACACACAAAAGAAGCAAAUGACUAAUUAGGGUACAUUUAUAAUUGCAUCCAGAUCAUUUUUACCCUAAUAUCUUCAGAAAGUACUUGAGUGUAAUAUGUUUGUUACCUCCAACAGAACUAAAUGUUCUAUGGUUAUGAAAAUAUAUCUAUUUAAAACAUUGCUUUUAUUUUGAAAAGCUUCUUAAUUAAUUUGGUUAACAAAUAUGCUAAUUUGGGGGAACCUAGGGAAGAUCAUUGUUGAAAUUUUGCAAAUAUAAACAUCUUCUAUAGCAACUGUGUUAAGUUAUUUCUGACUUCUUAACACUAUUAUGUUCAUGUUGCACAUUACUGAGAGAGUAAAGAUAUGAAACAACA